AUGAACCCAGCAAUGAUGAGGACUGUUUCGGUGACGGCGCGGCGAUUGCUGAUGGCCAACAACCGACCCGUUCUGCAACAAUUCACUGCCGUUCGUGGCUAUCGAGGCGACAGCGGUGAUGGCGAAACCAACUUGUCGGCCGCAGAAGAGGCAUUGGUCCGCAAGGGCAAACCCGUCGACGAGGCGAUUCGUGCCCGACACGUUCGACCAGUCCAACUGAAGGAGUUGUCUCCUCAGAAUUUGGCAGAUUUGCAGGCGAAUGCUUCUGGCAGUGGAACCAGCACGCAAGACUUGGAGUUGGAAAUUCGCCGCAAACGAUUGAUUUAUCGUGCCAAACAACGUGGCUGGUUGGAAGUCGAUAUCCUGUUGGGAGCUUGGGCGAGUGAAAAUGUUCCACAAUUGGAAGGAGAUGAAUUGGAUCAAUUUGAGGAUUUCUGUAACGAAGAGACAAUCGACAUUUACAACAUUAUCACGCUUCGCCUUGAUGUGCCCGACCACAUGAAGCGUCCUGAUGGCCAGGGUGUUGUGGAGAGGAUUCAGGAAUGGGCCCGGAGUAGCCCUCUUGGAAAGGCCGAUCCGUCUACCUACAAAAAGGUCAAGGAAUCCGCCAAGUUGAUUUAA